AUGACUCUGUCUAAAGCACUCUUCCAGCAAAGGUGUAGAAAUUGCGUCACCUGCAGGCGUGUUUGUAUGGUGUUUGCUACCUUGACAUUAUCUGCACGUUUCCUGAUAGGUUACGGACACAGGCAUUGUCUCAAAUCUUCUCAUCCUCACUGGACAUAUAAAUACGUCCAUCCAUCACCCGCCUAAGCUUCGCCACACCACCAUCUUUGCUUGCUCGAAUAGGCGAGACAAGAGGUCCAGUUGCAGAACGAUACCAUGGCUGCCCUAGGCCCUUUCCGAUGCUCGAAGUGCAAUGAAGUCGAAGAUCCCAUCAGCCCUCUCAAGUGCUGCGGCAGCUGCAAAAAGCUCCGUUACUGUUCUCGAGCCUGUCAGAAAGCGCACUGGAAAGGCAUGCACAAGGAGGGGUGCAACAAACCCCGUCAUCAUAUGGACGAGAACUGGCCUGAACAACAAAUGCCCGCGCGCAUCUACCCGCGCGCAUCUACCCGCACAACACUCACCUCAGCUGCGUACCCGGAGGACUUCACGAAUCUGCUCCUCCUGAACAAAGACGAGCCAACAACCUACAAGCCUCUGAUUGAGAGCUUCCGUGCUUGGUAUGAAGUAAAGCGCGGUGCCCUCGGUGCGAUGGUAGACCCGCGCGACUCUUACAGGAACGGCAGUGUCAAGUACAAUACAGGUUACCUCUUCCAAGGACUCCUGGAGCAUAUCGCUAACGCCGAGAAGAUCGCAGGGACUCUACCUUCAUGA